CAGCGUGCAUGCAGUGUUUUCGGUUGCAUAUACAUUACCCUACAGCAGCCUAGAAAACAGAUGCGAUUUUAACAAUUUCUUUGGCUAAAAUAUUUUUGAGAUAGCGUUCCUUUAGGUAAGAAAUUCAUUCCGCGUGAAAUACAGCAAUUUGUUGGAGUAUUCAGGAUUUCCGCGAAUUGAUUAUCCCGUGUUCUUCUUUGUAUUUCUCACGCUAGUGUGCCACCGCGUCAAAUAUCUGGGGCGGGUUCGUUAUAAAGGAACCAAUCUCAAGUAUACAGUAGUGUGUACAAUGUAGAUAGGCUACGUGCAUAAAUAAUGAAGCCGUGCCGUGGUGUUGCGUACUUUCACUGCACAGCAUGCCUAUAUUGAUCGAUCCGCUCCACACUCGGUGUCACCAUUCCGGCAUAUACGCAUAGCAGGUACAUUACGCUUGGAGAUCUCCAUUUGAGUCCCGUUUUCGUGGAUAGCGAACAUUCCAGAACACUCACAUCGGAUGGCAUGGAGUAGCAGAAUGUACCAGCUCUACGCAGCCGUUGGGCUGUGCGCCGUAUUAGUGUUUUUGGCCGCUCAAGAAUGUGACGGACGCGUGCCCAAAUUCGCCAUCGGGAAGGACUUUCACACGUAUUACGCCCAGUAUAGUGUCGAUUCCCCCAGUGAGCCGCACGAUAUCUACCGUGCCUACAUCAAAGAGAAUAGUCGGGAAUUGCUGGUGGAACCGCGCAUCUACGUCUUAGCACCGUCCGCCACCGACAGCCAGACCGAUGCGGAUGACGUCUGCGAAUAUAAAAUUGUGCCGCCGGUACGCGUUGCCGCAGCGGAUGCACUGAGCAACACAACAUCACGACCUGGGAAUAGUGAGGAAGAUGAUGAGAUCACAAGCCGCAGCACCGUCUCGUCGCGCAGCAGCACCAGCAGUCAGCCUAGCGAUGAGGACUACAAUGAUGAGGAUGAUGACGAGGAGGAGGAGGAUGAACCGGAGCCGCUGCCCUUCAUCAUCCGUCCAUCUAAGGAGAAUAAACACGAAGCCAUAAUUGAGACCAGUAAAGCCCUCAACUGCGAGCACAAGAUGGACUAUGUCUUUGAUAUUGUCGCGGUCAGCUGUGCCGGCGACGUCUCCGAGAGUGCUCGGGUGGAAGUCAAAGUGGAAGACGUCAACGAAUUCGAGCCGAAAUUUUCUCGUAAUGCCUACGAAGCCACAAUGGAAGAGGGCCGUUUGGUGGACAAUAUACUGCAGGUGGAAGCGUUCGAUGCGGACUGCUCGGAAGAAUUUAGCCGCAUUGCCAAGUACGAGAUCUCCGACCCCAUCAAUUCCCCCUUCACCAUUGACAAUACGGGAGUGAUUCGCAACCUACGUCCGCUCAACUAUACACAGGAGCGCAAAUUUUUCCUGUCGAUUAUCGCCUAUGACGCGGCAGGGAAGAAAUCGGUCUAUCCGGCCACCGUCAACAUCAACGUGAUCCCCGUCUGUACGCCCCACUGGAAAGUGAAUCCCCAGAGAGUGGAUUAUGCUCCUGAUACGGCCAUGUUGAAACUGUAUCCCAACGCCCAGCUGGAUUUGUGUGAAACAUCAAUCAUGCCAGGAAGCUGUAGCAAGAUUGAGAAAAUUACCGCGCAUGUAACACUGAAGAAUGAUCAUAUUGGCAAGGGUUGCGACAGGGAGGACCAACUUCCGUUACAGGUCCAACGCAAGCGAUGCGCAUCCCGCAUCCAGCCGCAUUCCAAUCUAAUUGAACUGCUACCCAAUCCGAUUACGGCACAGGCCGACAGCAAUCUGAAGAUGGAUCGCAACAAUAGCCUGCCCGGCAGUAAUGUACUGUACUUUGAUGGGACGAGCACGGCCAUUGUGGUACCCUCCCAGAAACUCAAUCCCGAUCACUUCAAUCGCUCUUUCACCAUCACGACAUGGUUGAAGCGUGAUGCACCGGUCAACAGGACCACCUACGAUCAUAAAUUCGCCAAGGAGCACGUCCUAUGUAUUAGUGAUGAUCGGGAAAGGUCACGGCAUCAUGUGGCCGUGUAUAUCCGCAACUGCCGGCUGGCAUUAUUGCUGCGCCGCGAACCGCGGGCCGGUGACCAACCAACCGUCUUCCGGCCGGCGGAAUGGCGCUGGAAUCUGGAUAACUAUCUGUGCACCGGUGAAUGGCAUCAUUAUGCGAUUUCGGUGAAAUAUCCGGAUGUGAAGUUGUUUAUCGAUGGUAAGGAGUUUGAUGAUGAUUCGGCCACGGAGAUCAUCGACGACUGGGCACUGCAUCCCAUUAAAGGACUACAAACUACCACCGUCGUCGGCGCCUGCUGGCAAGGAUCCCAGAGCCGUAUGGAUCAAUAUCUGCACGGCUAUCUGGAUGGGCUGUCACUGCUCGUCAACGAGACCGAGGAGGAGAGUGUGCUGCAGUGCAUGAAUAAAUGCGCCGAACGACUCACACUGCCGCCGUCCACCGUUAGCUCCUCGGAGCGGGCGGUGUUCUCCAUGCUGGAUGGGGAUGAAAAUGAGCUGAUGGUAGAGGGCUACGAUACCAAGGCAUUCCAGGACUUAAUUAACCAAAUCGGCUAUGAGAAUGAUCGCAUGUAUCCGGCAGCGGGCGUCAGAUUUGUGGAUCUGCGCACCACGUUUACCUGUGCUCCUGCGCCGAAUGAUGGCAAUACCACCAUUAGCCUAAUGAAAGACCUGCCCGAUGUGCGUCUGACCCUCAAGGUCACGGAAGCGGUACCGCCGACCGUGACGCUUAGUGGACCCAGCACGCUCACCAUCGACGGCAUGGACAAUCCGCAGCCGGAUGUUUUUCGUAUGGGUGUGAAGAUUCUGGACUCUCUGACAAUUUCCGUUAUGCGGGCUUCCUCGCCCGUUCUCAUGGCCCAGGAGCAGAAGACCAGUUUAACCCAGACCGAUUACGAGGCCAUGGUGCGCAAGUUCGAACGCGAUGUGGUACUGCUGGACUCGUGCACCAUUCGACUGAAGAAUGAGCGCGCCGUUGAGGGCGUUACCCUCAAUGUGUCCGAGGGGGCGGUACGAUCGGCGGGAAUGGUGGUACAGUUGAGUCAGCGCUCCACGGGAGAAAUGGAAUGGGUGAUUAAAGGGUCGGGUGUCAACAAUGAAGUACCGGAAUUCUUGAAUGUGUUGCGCGAUAUCCGGCUGAAAUUGGACGAAGGCAAAAUAUCCAAGUAUAACGAUCUCCGUGUGAAGGUGGCGGUUUUCUGCACAGAGAUGUUCAGCAAAUUCCCCUCUGUCGAAUAUAUUCUUGAGGUCGAUUUAAAGAACUUUGAACAUUUGGAGAAACUGCUAAUGCAUCCAGUACAGAUUCCCACAGUCGUCCAUCGCAGUCUGCCUAAAGCUCAGCUGCAAGCUCAUAAUGAGCAUGUACAGUUAAAAGAACCAGUUAUGCUGAAGAAGCAUGAAUUCGAAGCAUUGUACGGUCCCCAUUCCGUCUUUUCCGUCCCUCAAUUCCAUACCGGCUCCGAUGUCGGUCACAUGAGUUCCACUGGUGCUGCCAUAACCGUGGUUGUGGUGAUCUGUGUGUCAUUCUUCAUUUUCAUCGUGUUUAUUGGAGUGCUGAAACUGCGCAGCAUUCACCUAAGAUCUCGCAACACAUCGGAACCGGACCUGCAAGCCAUGCAUAAUCGCAAGAAAAAGUCAAAAGUUUCAUUAAAAAACUUACGGAAGCUCCGUAAGUCACUGAGCAGUAAAUCGCGUCAGUGUGAGAAUCAUGACUUUGAUGACGAAGACGACAUGGAGGAUGACUUAGAAAGGGGCACCGCAUCCAAGCAAAAGCCGGAUAUGAAGUGGGAUGAUGAAGGAAUGUCCAUUACAGUCAAUCCACUUGAAGUGAUGCAAGCCGGCUCGGAAGGCGAAUAUGAAGAUGACGUGGACAACGAGGAGGACUAUCAUGUUCAUGACGAUGAUCUAACCGACGAAGAGAAGGAACACGAGGAUUGUCAUCACGGUCAUGUGCUGGAGGAUGAGGACUCGGCCAACGAAUGCGAAGAAUGCUCUAAACCCAACCGAUGCGACAUGAUCGUCCCCCAGUCACCCACCAUUCGACGCAGUCAGAGCUGCACGGAAGCGUUCGCCAAGAGCAAGGAUUCUCGAAUAAAGACCGAUCUGGAAUGGGAUGAUAAUAUCUGAAAUGAUUGAAACGUAAUUUCGGACACAGAAACUGUACGUCAUGACCUUUGUAUAAUGGAACGUCCAACGCGAGUUUGCCGUUACGUGGAGGUUUUACCGGCGGCAACAUGCUUCUUUUUGCACUCAUUAGUCAUUAUAGUCUAUCCUGAUACAAAAUGUAAAUUUAAAGAUUUGUUCUGGUGAUGGUGGCUCUUUUAAAUUAGUUCAUGGUCUGUUACUCAAGGGAUCAGUGCGUGUUUCUUGUAAUGCGUAUUAAUCGUUAUGGCUGGAGUUUUAAUGUACAUCAUUUGAGUUUUUUUGUUCCUGAGUCCUAAUGGCAUGGCUGCAGUUGAAUGCGCAGUAUUAUUUCCAUGUGUUGUUGGUCCGUUCAGAAGAUCGCAGUUUUAUGGAAGUUUUCUCAUAAACAGUGGCUAAAUA